AUGUUUACAAUACAACCGAUAGCUUUCAAAGCGAUAAACCUUACAGUUGGCACAUUAGCCAUUUGCGCUUCUAUAGCGCAAUUCAUUCAAGUUUAUUCCAACUAUACUGCAUUUCUCUUCAGCAUGUAUGGAUUCCUACUUUCCAUUCCAAUAAUAUAUUUAGAAUACCAAAUACCAUUUUAUCUUUAUCGAUAUUCAUCAUUCUAUUUUAGCUUUCUUGGAAGGGGGGUCCUUUAUAUUCUAUUAAGUGGGAUAAUAAGCUUUGGAUCAAUCCUAAAUCACGUUGCCUCAAUUGUUGCAUUUUUAUCAGGGCUAUUCUGUAUAGGACUUCAUUUCAUUCCUGACAUCAAUGAACCUGAUAAUUUCAAGAUACCAAGUUUAGGGAUAACCAUCGAAGAUGACAAUGCUGUCGAAGCUAACGAUAAUUUUGAACAAGAACUAUAA